AUGACAAAUGAUAAUUUACCAGUACUUUAUGCUAUUCAAUAUUCUGAAUUUGAUAUCAAUAGAGGAGCUUUUGUUUAUCAUGAAACGGCUAGAACAAUUUUCAGCGAAGGUCAAAACUUUCAAUGUGUAUGCAAUUUUCUUUGUCCAGAACCGAAUUUAAUAGACAAAUUGAUUGUUUUGACCAUUCAAAAUCAAAAACUAAUUGGAUGUCCGGUGAUCAUAUAUGAUCAAGAGAAAUAUAAAAACAAUCGUAAUGAAUUUCGUUUCAAUGCUUGUUUUGUAAUACCAUCGCAAGCGGAUGCACUUAAAUAUGAAGUUGCCGUUCGGAAAUUAGCGAAAUAUUUACGUACAUUAGAGGUUGAUUCGUGUUUCUUAACAAAUGAUGCGCUGAAGAGAGAACAUUUAAAACCGGCAUUGAAUGAAAUUGUUAGACAAAUCAACAAGAGUGGAGAAGAAUGCUCUGUUAAAAUGUAUACGUCUGUUAUUGUGAAUCUGAAAUUACUUGAACGACGAGCUGAACCGCCAACGGUCGCUUCAUCGGACGUACCAAUGUUUUGUAACAAUAUCGAUUUGAGUGAACUAGAACAAAUGGACCAAAUGACGCAACGAGUUAUCGCCAGUAUUGAUGGUUUGCGGCAUGUAAAUAAAAUUGCACAAGACACAGAUACAGAGCUUGAUUUGGUCAAAGCAGCAAUGCAAAAUUUAAUUUAUCAUAAUGUUAUUAAACUUGUUCCGAUAUUUUCUUAUAAAAAUCGCUAUAUCGUUACGCCAAAACUUCAAGAACUUUAUACAAAUACACCAUUACAGAAAGAGCUCGUUUUCUUUGUUGGUCGAAGCGGCGCAAAAGAUUGCGUUUCAUUUUAUGAAUGUUUUCGUAUGAUAUGUGCUUUUGAUCAUGGAUCGCUCGUUAAAGAUGUCGUGAAUAAAAUGAAAGCAAAUAAUAUUGAUGAAAAAAAAUUAGUGCAAUAUUGUGUAUUAAAAGGCUAUUUACGACGUGUACGUGACUAUCGCAUAUCAAUUGACGAUUCAACUUAUAUAGGCAACAAUGCUAGUGGUCCCACGAAUGGAAUUUCGAAUGGAAACGAUCAAGCCAAGUCGAAAAUACAAACUACACUUCGAGAUCUAUGCGAUGGAACGAAUGAUAGCGAUAGUCUGGCUUGUUUAGGAUACGUCUUCAAUUCACGUUCAGUACCAAGUGCGCGAAAAAAUCAACAACAAACAACUGCACCAUUUGACUCAUAUGUAACUCUUUGGAAAUAA